AUGAUUUUCAAGUUUGGACGAGUAGAUUGUUAUUACUCAAAAUUAACACCACAAUUAGCAUCUAUAAAAUUUGCUAGUUGUAAAUUACUUGGAGGUAUUUACUUCAAAUUAAAUAAAGAUGCUGAAGGUAUUGAUUUACUUAGUAAGGCUUUACAAAUUGAUUCAAAUGAUUUAAGUCUUUGGAUACGUCUAGCUCGUGCUGCUAUUCGUUCAGGUUUCUUUGAAGUUGCUAUCAAUUCAAUAGAUCAUAUCUUAUCAAAACGGCCAUCGCAUCCACUUGCAUUGCAAUUAGCUCUACCAUUGUAUUUUGCAGUUUCUGAAUUAGAAAUUUGUCUAGAAUUAUCCGUUCGUAUGCUACAAAUAGAUCCAUUUAGUGAAUAUGCAGUUUAUUUUAUCAAUCGAAUUCUUACUAUUCAACCAAGUUUACAUGAAAUGAUUCAGGAUUUAUUCUUACAAAGACCAGAUAUUUUAAGUCAAUUACCAACAUGUGAAGAAGCUGAACGGAUUGAUCAAGAAAUACAAAAUAUUCGUAUAAUAUAUCGUAAACAAAAAGAUGCUGAAGCAGAGCCACGAACAAUUCCAACGGUUAAAUUUCCAUCACCAUUGAAACAUUUAAGUUGGUUGCAUUUAAUUCAAGAAACUAUAACAAUGUAUGAUCGUUUAAACUCUGAAUCAACAAUUAAUUCAGUUCUUGAUUUGUCAUCAUUGUUAUGCAAAGAUUUAUUGAAUUUUGACUCACCACCACCUUCAAAUGGGAUAAGUGAAAUGUCAAAUAACCUUGUUGCAACAUCCACAACUUCUGUUAAUUCAAUACCUACUGAACAAUUAAAUGAGAAUAUCGAUCAUACUGUAAAUUUGACCAUUGAAAAAGUUUCAAAUGUUGACGUUGUAUGUGAUACAAUAAAAGAUGAUUUAGGUGAUUUAACUACUGAGGCAUCGAAUGAUGAUUUAACUACUAUUGCUGCUGGACUUGAAAAACGUCGAUCUUCCAGGGUUAGAACAUGUUUUGAUUUAAAUGAUGGUUUAAAUCGUUAUUGUUCCAGACGAUCUGUAAUUACAGAAUUGGAAAAAAUAUCUGAAAAAUGUAAACCAUUUGGUGAAAAAUUAGUCCAUUCACAGAAAGAAAGUAAUUAUGUCAAUGAUCGAUUUAAAUUGAUCGAUAGAUUUCAAACUCUUUUACCUCAACUAUUCAGAGAUCUUGGCGCUUUCGAUCAGAAACAUAAAAUGUCGAAAGAACUACACGAAACAACAGAAACACCUAUUCCAUGCACUGAAUCACCAACUGAAAUCUCAUCCAAUUGUUCAGAAUCUGUUACAUCAAAUUUGUCAAAUAUGUGGAAUGGAAAAUCGGUUUAUGAGUUCUUAAUUCUUUUGAAUAAUAUGAAGCCAAAUAUUAUUACAUUUGGUAUAUCGUUGCUUUUACAAAUUAGUCGCCUUUCCGGAUACCGCUGGACUUUAGAACUUGCAACUGCCUAUCUAAGUUUAUUUGAUCGUCUUCAACCAUCUUUUCCGUAUUUCUUAACAAUUCCACCUUCAUCAACUCCGUCAUCAUCACUACUACUGGAACCAGUUAUGCAUCAAGAUGAAAUCCACCCCGAAACUUGUCUAUUACCUAAAAAUGUUUUAGCAUUAAAAAUAGCUCCGGAAUUAAAUCAUUUAGCAUUUUUCUACAUAACCUAUGUAGAAUUAUAUUUAGAAGAAUUAGAGUCAAUCAGUCAUAAUUCAUCGAAAUCGAAAGAAAAAAUCUCAAGACCAACUGAAAUUCCAACACCACUAUUCGCUGUGUUAAACGACGUACUUGCGGGAUUUGAAGAGACAUCAUCAGAUUAUCCCAUUAUUAUGAGCCACUUAUUAUGGAUGCAUUAUUUAAUGAGUUCACAACGUCGUGAUUACGCUGAAAUGAAAGAGUGUGUGCUUGCUGUUCGUGUUCAAAUGUACUUUCAAAAUGUUGAUGAUGAUUUAUGUGCAAGAAGAAAAAUGUCACCAAGUUUACUGAAAUGA